UGAUGGACAUGCCCACUUAAUAUCUUUGAAAAUCAUGUCAAAUAAAUUCACCUUCACAAACCUAGGAUUUAUUUCUGCUCCUACAUGGAAAAUCCAAAGAGGAGAUGUCAUCUACAUUGGUGGCCUGCCUGACAGGCAAAAGACAGAAGUUAAUGGUGGGUUCUUCAAAGGAUGUAUACAAGAUAUAAGAUUGAACAACCAAAAUCUGGAAUUCUUCCCAAAUUCAACAAGCAAUGCAUCUCAGAAUCCAAUUCUUGUCAAUGUGACCCAAGGCUGUCCUGGAGAUGAUGUCUGCAAGCCUAACCCCUGUCACAAUGGCGGUGUCUGCUAUUCCCUGCGGGAUGACUUCUCCUGUUCCUGUCCUGCACACACAGUAGGCAAAGCCUGUGAAGAAGUUCGGUGGUGUGAGUCCAGCCCGUGUCCUCCCAGCGCCCAAUGCCAGCCAAUGCCUCAAGGGUUUGAAUGUAUUGGGAAUGCUGUUUUUAAUGAACAAAGCAGUGAACUGUUGUUCAGAAGCAAUGGGAACAUUAUCAGAGAGCUCACCAAUAUCACAUUUGGUUUCAGAACAAGGGAUGCAAAUGUGCUAAUAUUGCAUGCAGAAAAAGAGCCCGAGUUUCUUAAUGUCAGCAUUCAAGAUUCCAGAUUACUUUUCCAAUUGCAAAGUGGCAACAGUUUUUAUAUGCUGCAUCUGACAAGUUUGCAGUCAGUGAAUGACGGCAUGUGGCACCAAGUGACUCUUUCUAUGAUAGACCCAUUGUCCCAGGCCUCCAGGUGGCAAAUGGUAGUGGACAAUCAAACUCCUUUUGUGACCAGUGCAACUGCUACUGGAAGCCUCAGCUUCUUAAAGGAUAACACAGACAUUUAUGUAGGUGACACAGCUAUUGACGAUUUGAAGGGUCUGCAGGGGUGCCUAAGCACAAUAAAAAUUGGAGGCAUUUCUCUCUCUUACUUUGAAAAUGCUCAUGGUUUCACUAAAAACCCUCAGGAAGAGCAGUUUCUCAAAAUCUCUACAAAUUCAGUGGUGACUGGAUGCUUGCAGUCAAAUGCCUGUGACCCAGACCCCUGUUUGCAUGGAGGAAAUUGUGAAGACAUCUAUAGCUCUUAUCACUGUUCCUGUCCCAUGGGAUGGUCAGGAACACACUGUGAACGCAACACUGACGAAUGCUUUUCAAACCCCUGUAUCCAUGGCAACUGCUCUGACGGAGUUGCAGCCUACCACUGCAGGUGUGAGCCUGGAUACACUGGUGUGAACUGUGAAGUGGAUAUAGACAACUGUCAGAGUCAUCAGUGUGCAAAUGGAGCCACCUGCAUUAGUGAUUCUAAUGGCUACUCUUGCCUCUGUCCUGGGAAUUUUACAGGGAAAUUUUGCAGGAGCAGCAAAUUACCCUCAACAGUCUGUGGGGACAAGACGACAAAUCUUACUUGUUAUAAUGGAGGCAGCUGCAUGCAGUUCCAGACUGAAUUCAAAUGUAUGUGCCGGUCAGGUUUUACUGGAGAAUGGUGUGAAAAAGACAUUGAUGAGUGUGCCUCUGACCCCUGCUUGAACGGGGGUUUGUGCCAGGACUUGCUGAACAGGUUCCAGUGCCUCUGCGGGGUGGCCUUCGCUGGCGAGCGCUGCGAGCUGGAUUUGGCAGAUGACUUGAUCUUGAACAUUUUCACCACCAUUGGUUCUGUGACUUUAGCCCUGUUGUUCAUCCUCUUGCUGGCCCUUGUUUCUAUUGUCACCUCCAAGAAAAGGGCAACUCAAGGGACCUACAGCCCCCACCGCCAGGAGAAGGAGGGCUCUCCAGUGGAAAUGUGGAUCCGAAUGCCACCCCCCGCCAUGGAGAGACUGAUUUAG